GGCCCGAGUUCGGCUUUCAACACCUUCAAUUGCCGUUCACAUCCUCGAUUGACUUUCAGAACAUUGAACUUUUCCACGCAGCUCCAUCAACGAGCCUGGAAGAACCUGUCGUGCUAGCUGUGCCCCGCUGGAGGCUCGUGCGCUGAUAAGAGUUGGGAGGACUAGGACAAUUGAAACGGCAAUCGUAUACACAGUCAACGAUGGGGAUCGAGGCAGAGCUGGAGGCCCCGGACCUGGGACUCCAGAGGACGCUGAAGGAUCUCUUCGCAGGCGCGGUCGGUGGUGUUGCACAGGUGCUUAUCGGGCAGCCGUUUGAUAUUGUCAAAGUCAGGCUACAAACAACAUCGCAGUACUCAGGCGCCCUAGAUGCUGCUACCAAGAUCUACAAGAACGAGGGAGCGCUCGCCUUUUACAAGGGGACGUUGACGCCGUUGAUUGGCAUUGGAGCCUGCGUGUCAGUGCAGUUUGGUGGAUUUCACUAUGCUCGUCGCGCGUUUGAGGCGCGGAAUCUCGAAAAGACAGGCUCUGGCGACCUCAGCUACUCGCAGUACUAUGCGGCCGGUGCAUUUGCAGGAAUCACGAACACAGUACUGUCAAGUCCCAUCGAGCAUAUCCGUAUCCGCCUACAGACACAGCCUCACGGCGCGGCUCGUCUCUACAAUGGCCCCAUCGACUGCAUAAAGAAACUCACAGCGCAUGAAGGCAUUCGAGGUGUCUACCGUGGAACCGCAGUGACGUUCCUGCGUGAAGCGAAUGCCUAUGGCGCUUGGUUCGCAGCUUUCGAGUUUAUGAUGAACAAGGACGCGGAGCGUAACAAUAUCAAACGAGACGAAAUUAGCACCGCCAAGGUGGCUCUGUAUGGCGGCCUGGCUGGCGAGGCGCUGUGGCUUUGGAGCUAUCCAUUCGACGUUAUCAAGAGCAAGAUGCAAACCGACGGAUUCGGUGAAACUCAAAAAUAUAAGAGCAUGCGCGACUGCUUCGCUCAAACGUUCAAAGCUGAAGGCCUCGGUGGUUUCUGGAGAGGCAUCGGUCCUACGCUAUUGAGGGCCAUGCCUGUUAGCGCAGGAACGUUCGCUACGGUCGAACUUACCAUGCGAUUUAUCAACUAAAAAGAUGGCGCGAUAAUUGCCUGGAUCGCAAAGUAUGGAGGCGAUAAGGUUUGGAUAACCACAACGCCCGCAGCCUAAGCGAGCAGCGGUUUGAGAUGACGGGAUUGUUCGUAUAAUCGCACGUACAGGAGGCAGGCAUGCGUGCGGAGGUCGCGAUCCCGGAGUGUGGUUAACGGACUCCGGUGAGGAUAGAAGAUGUACAAAUCCACCCUAUCAAGGAUUGUUUGCAGUAGCACAAGCGAC